CUCUCUCUCUCCCUCGCCCUCAAGCACACAGUAGGUCUCAGCCAUGAGCACGGUGUUGUGGGUCUGUCUGCUCUGCCUGCAGGGCUGCCUGCUCACACACGCUCUCAACUGCACCAACGGCGGCGGAAACUGUGUCCCUGGACAGCUCAGCAGCGUUAAGUUGAGGGUCCGGAGACACACUGAGCCAGAAAGAGAGAGAGCUCAUCUCAGCCAAACCAACCAGCCAGGGGUCUUCUCAGCCAAGGGCUUCCCAAACACUCUUAUUCAGGCCGACAGGUCGAGGCGUCAUCUGAACAGCAACAAGAAGAAACAAGCACCUCGCAAAUCACGCUUUGGCACCUACUCCCUGCUCAGUCACAACCCCGCGACCCCUCUUCAGGUAGUGCAACCGAGGAUGCACUCUAGAGAUGCUGGCACUGCACACGUCUCUCCAUUACAGGCAGUGAAGCAGAGGAACAGAAGAAGUGUGACCAGGAAGAAGAAGGGCACGGAGGCAGUCAUCUGCUCGUGAGACAGGACGCACACAGAGCGAGUCGAAACCAGCCACAGGCCAUUGCAGGCUCACUGUAUGAUGAGCUCCUCUGGGAUACAUAUGCCAACUCCAUUCAUUCGGAAUCCUUUCCACAGAGGCUGACAUUCCCGGUGCACCAUGUGGGUGUUUUGUAUUUGGUAGUAAUUAGAAAACAGCGUGAUGCAGGCAUGAAUUGAGAUCCAUUUCUUCCUAAUCUUCAUUGUACCCAUGGAUGUCAUCACUAGCUCUUCAAAUUUCAAACUGGCUCUUUGUUCCGGGCAAAAUGCACUAUAAUGCUAAAGGCACAUGUGGAUGUCCUUUAAAAAUCAUGAUCAACCGCAUUAAUUAGAUGGUAAACGACAAGGAAACACCCUCAAACAUUCACACACAAAACAAGGCUAACCUGUAUCAUCACUCAUAAUGGCAGGACACUGAAAAGAAACUAAACAUAUGAUUACUCUUUAAUGUGUACAUUUACCUAAUCCACAGAUAAUGCAGACAAACUGACCUACACAUUAGCAUUAAAUGUAUCGGGCUUUUAUAGUAGAGCAAUUUGUAGAUCACCAAAUCUGCUCCAAAUAAGCAUUACUCAUAUAUAGAGUAUAAGAAAGUAGGAUCUACCAACAGCAUUCCAGGCUUAAAAUAAUCUAUAGUCGUUUAUGACAAUAUUACUCUUUUAAAAGAAGUCGAGUUUAUUUUAAAUAUAAUAAGUGAAACAGAUCUACACACAGUGUUUUAGCAUGCUGUGUUUCUGGUUAAAUAAGCUUUCUUUACUCAUAUGGAUAAUUUUAAGGCCACUUACUGCUGAUGUGAAACUAAUUAUAUAAAAGCUUUAAAUGGUGAACCAUGUUAAUGAUUUUUUUUGUAUUAAAGUUAUUUUUUCUUUUACAAUUAUCGUGUCCUAUUAGACUUGAUUUAAUAAAGAGUGGGGAGUGGGAGAGAGAGAGAACA